UGAGGGAUCCUUAGACGUGAGAAUAGACUAGUUUGUGGGAUUGUACAGCAAGAUUGAGUCGGAUCCUCGCAGGACAGGGCCAUCUUUAUCAUACUUCAACUAUUCCUCUGGAUGGCAGGAUCGCGUCAACUCGAAACAAUCGACCAUGCCUCGUUGAAGUUGCGAGACGCCCUCGUCGCAGAGAAGAGCAAGCGUGAAACAGGUGUGCGUAAAGACAAGUUGUUGAUUGGCGGAAUUGAUGUCACACAACUCCAGUCACCAAGAGAUUACUCUUACUUGGGCCGAAGUCGUUUCCAUUGCCGCUUGAAAGCUCUCCGGCUAGAUGUAUGCAUGUCGAUGACACAUAAACGUCAAGUUGUAAGCACUUGCAGAAGUAUACUGACGUCUAGGAUGGUGAUCAAAUUGGCUGAGCCUGGUGGCACAGUCAAGUCGCUGAGGAGCCUCGGGCUGGGCACAUGGAUAGAUAUGAGACGGGCCGAUCGUUGCGCCUUGAGCGCUUCGCGAACAGACUUGAUAUGUGCCGUGUAUCAACAUGGACAGAUAAGCAAAGGCACCCCCGAUCGCGACAUCUGCAGCCGAGCUAGCUCUGAUCGUGCACACACAAUUUUGAACGAAAUCAUGCCGCAGUGAUCGAACUAGAUAAUGGCAUAUCGUCGAUUGAUGUGAUUUGCUCACCGAUGGUUUACCAUCUCCAGUCUAGCUAGGCCAUAAAGUCUCCAUCGUAAUCAUUGCCUUGUUCUCGAGAUCACCAGAGGUUCGAUGGCCGUCUAGUCCAUGAU